UCCACUGUCUUCUGUCACUGUAAAUGGCAAAUGUUUUCUUAGUAAAUUGGUAAAAAGAGCUUUAUGUCACGUGAUUUCACGUAUAUUUUGCGGUCUCCCCACACACGGUGUAGCCCACACCGCUUCAACCGUUUUCCGUUCGCUAAAUCGUGGGCCUUUGGAAAUUCUGAUUCAUCAUCUGUCAUUUCCCUUAUGUUUGGUAAAUCCAUCAUCAGUUGGCUUGUUGGGCUACUCUUUGCGUUGUUCUAGUCUAUAAAUAUUCGUCAUUAUGGCUUCGAAGCAGCCCCGUGUUUUGUCAAAGAAUCCACAUUUUUCAGUAAAUAUAUGCAUGUGUCUCAAGGGCUAAGUAAAUGAGUAACAAGCUAGCGUAUAACAGUUCGGGUAGUGAUUACAAUAGAUGGAGGACAACAUUGAAAACGAGGCUAAAUCGCGGUCUCGUUCGAAUUCUGCAAGAAUAUUAGUCUUUGAAGAACCGAGGGCCUAUUUGGAACAGAAGCAAAGAUGCAGCGUCGGGCCUGCCCAGGAAUCUGUUGCUGUUCUAAUGAGAAACCAACCAGAUCUGCAAAAUGCCUCUUCAAACCUCUUGAAAUUUCGUAAUUCAGUUCUUGGAAAAUCCGCCCCUUCCUUGUCCAGUAUGAAGGAUAUAAAUAUUAAUCGGCGCAAUAGCCGUCCAGCUAUUAACCGGUUAAGUCUCGUUGCUAACACUUCCCCAAUUUUACCACGAUCUCAUUCCCCAAUAUGUGGAAGCCCAAUUGAUAGCCCAAGAACUCAUCAAAGUUUCGCAAACUUCUCAUUUGCCCCAAUUAAAAGUUCUUUCAGAAUUGUGGCGGGUUACCGUGGGGAUGGCAGGCGUUGGUCUGUCGCAUCUUUACCGUCUUCAGGUUACGGAACUACUCCCGGAAGUUCCAAUAUGUCGUCCAAGUGUUCUAGUCAGGAGCGUCUUCAUCAGUUACCACAUAUCCCAACUUCAGAGGACAUCAAAAUGUUGACCCAUCAUUUUUCUAGUAAUGAAAGCAAUCCAUCGUUGCCUGGUAGUAGUUAUGACGACAGUUGUGUUCCGCAUAGAUCUCCUUUACAUCGACCAAGGUCCAGAAGUCUGAGUAGUCCGAGCAGAUCGCCAGUUAUUGACAACGAAAUAUGUAUGAUGAAUGUUCUCUAUAAAGAAAGAUUUCCGAAAGCCACUCAACAAAUGGAGGAGAGGUUGAAUAACUACAAUGAAGAAAAUAAAACAUUCGAUUUUGGCGAAGAUUGCGACUAUUUGCCAAUUGUGCGAUUUGUCCAUCAUCAGGUUUUAGAGAUGGCCAGGGAUUGCCUUCAUAAGUCCCAAAAUAAAUUAAUUACUAGUCGUUAUUUUUAUGAGAUGUCUGAAAAUUUAGAACGAUUACUCACUGAGACAAAAGAAAAAUCGGAAGAAGCUGCAGCAAUGGUUACGGGGUUUAUUAAAAAGCUACUUUUAAUAAUAUCACGUCCGGCGCGUCUCUUGGAAUGCCUUGAAUUUGACCCUGAAGAGUUUUAUCAUUUUUUGGAAGCUGCUGAGGGUCAAGUGAAGGGACUACAGGGCCUGAAGGCCGAUAUCCCUCAGUAUAUAAUUCAAAAGUUAGGUUUAAAUAGAGAUCCAAUAGCGGAGUUGCAACAAGAGUUGAAAGACUGCAAUUGGUCGAGCAAUUCUUCGCGGUCUUCUUUAUGUAUUUCAACGUCAACGCCAACGAUUAAGAAGAAUCUAAAUAAUCCAAAUGAGCAAGAUUUUGAGGUAGUAAAGCUGAUUUCAAAUGGCGCAUACGGCGCGGUUUAUCUGGUAAAGCACAAGCAAACUAGACAAAGAUUUGCAAUGAAAAAAAUUAACAAAAACAACCUGAUGUUGAGAAAUCAGGUGGAGCAAGUAUUUGCCGAAAGAGACAUACUGAGUUUUGCAGACAAUCCUUUUGUAGUUAGCAUGUAUUGUAGCUUUGAAACGAAAAAACACUUAUGUCUCGUGAUGGAGUAUGUAGAAGGUGGUGAUUGUGCUAGUUUGAUAAAAAACAUAGGCCCCUUACCACCUGAUAUGGCUCGGUUCUACUUUGCCGAAACUGUUCUUGCUGUAGAAUAUCUUCACUCGUAUGGAAUAGUCCACAGGGACUUAAAACCUGACAAUCUCUUGAUUACUGCUUUGGGGCACAUUAAGCUGACGGAUUUUGGUUUAAGCAAAAUGGGCUUAAUGUCAUUGGCCACUAACCUUUACGAAGGAUAUAUAGAUACCGAAGCCCAUCAGUUUUCUGAUAAGCAGGUGUUCGGAACACCUGAAUAUAUCGCUCCUGAAGUUAUUUUAAGGCAGGGCUACGGCAAGCCGGUGGAUUGGUGGUCUAUGGGUAUAAUCCUAUACGAAUUUCUCGUUGGUUGUGUGCCAUUUUUCGGCGAAACUCCUGAAGAAUUAUUUGCCCAUACUGUUCAGGAUGAUAUUGAAUGGCCAACUAAUGAAGACUGGUCAAUUCAAGAAGAAGCUAAAGAUCUUAUAACCGUUUUGUUGCAACAUUCUCCGAGAGACAGAUUGGGAAGUGGUGGCGCACAUGAAGUAAAAGAUCAUGUGUAUUUUCAGGGUCUAGAUUGGAAUUCUUUAUUAAGACAGAAGGCCGAGUUUGUUCCGCAGCUUGAGCAUGAUGAAGAUACCAGCUAUUUUGACAGUCGCAUGGACAGAUACAGUCAUGAAAUUGAAGAUGAUACCGACGACACCGACGACUCUCCGGUAUUCGGCCUCUUUUCAUCUUGUUCCCCGCAGUAUCGUAAAACUCACGGAUCUAAGUUGAGUUUGACGUCAGACUGCAGUAGUAUUAAGUCCAGUUCUCUUGCAAGUACUGAAGUUAUUACACCUGAAGUGUCCAGAAAUGAACCGAAAUUGAAACCAAAAUCUGCUAUUAGUCUGCUUCCGACAUCACAAGACCUCUCGCUUCACAAGCCAACAGACUCUAAAAAGAUCUCUUUAGACCUUUCACUCUGCACAAUCACGACUCCAGAAUCAUCACAGACAGAUAGUGACGAUGUUUCUCCUCAGAUUUAUAGAAGAAGGAAAGCUGGUCAUGGACGUGAUAUAUUGCCAAAGUUUUCAAUUUCUGUGGAAGAUGAACAUAGUGGGUUAGAUCCUGGGACAUCUUCCUCCGAAAAUAGAGAAUUAUCUCCAUUGAGAAAGGUGCAACUACCAAAUCCGCAACCCGUAAAGCAUAAAUCUCGAUCCGUUGUUAAGAGCGCUUCGGCUUCUGGUUUGUCACUGAUGAUUCCAUCCGACGAAUUUCAAACUCCUCCUUGCAAUGUAGCUUCUCCAAGCGGAGGAGGUUCUAGUACAGCUAGUUCCAGAGAUACUUCUCCGUGUCGGGAGCUGUCUCCUCUGGUGACCAGCUUGAAACCGCCUAUCAUCAUUCGCAGAGGUCCCAAAGGCUUUGGAUUUACCGUCCACACCAUUCGAGUGUAUUAUGGAGACACUGAUGUAUAUACAAUGCACCAUUUAGUGAUGGCGGUGGAUGAAGGUAGCCCUGCUUUUGAAGCUGGACUUAGACCAGCAGACCUUAUCACGCAUAUAAAUGGGGAAGCUGUUCAAGGGCUUUAUCAUACGCAAGUGCUCCAGCUGCUCUUGGGCGGGGCGGAGCAUGUGAGUCUACGGGCCACACCGCUCGAACAAACAUCUAUAAAAACGGGAGGUCGAAAGCGUGAGCCUGGACAAAGCAAAUUAGCUAAACGAAGCUUGAACCGACAAAAAAAGCAGAAGAGAGACAGCGAUAAGCGAAGGAAAACCUCACUCUUCAGGAGGAUUAGUUCAAAACGCGCUAGCGUUGAAAUGCAACAGAUUGCGGCAAAUAUUCAGUCGCCUGUAAGCGUAACACCAAGUAGGAGCUUUCAAUCUUUCCCCCGAAGUGAUAGCAGUUUAUCUACCUCCACUGUCAGGAGCGUGGCGGGUAAUCGAUCUAGUCUCUCUCCAUCCGAUUCCUUCAGCCAACAUUCUGGAAACUCUACUCCUGUCUCCACCUCCUCCGGCACCCCAUCUCCAACCUCCGGGCCGAAUGGACGAGGCAAUAAACAACACUAUCAGAGGCCUUCGACGUUACAUGGUUUGAAACACAAACUUCAUUCUACUGGUUGUUCAAAGACGCUUCAUUCUUCUGGACCGUCUUGUCCAUCGGCUGUGCCCAAUAGAAGAAAGUCUGUUGGACACAUUCCACUUUCGCCGUUAGCGCGGACUCCCUCUCCUUCCCCUUUACCGGCGUCUCCAACAAGGUCUCCAAGCCCAUUAGCAUUUCCCAUUGGCCAUCAACCUGGGAGUUCGAACACCACUCAGUCUUACAGCCCAAGCGCUGGCUCUGCUCCCAUUACAGUUACGGCCCAAUGCAAGAAAUCGUUUGCGCGCCCCAAAGGUGCUGAGUCCGGAGUUCCCCUUCUUAGACGUGCCCUGUCGCCGGAUCGUUUGCAUCCGCGAAGCGCUGAAACAAAAUGCUCUAUUUCUCCCCUAUGUUCUUCAGGAAACGUCACUCCGGCUGUAAAGUCUCAAGCUCGGUCUGGAAGCUCGUCGGUUUGGCGCCCAAGCACCAACGUUGAUAAGGAGAAGGAAGGAGACUGUGAAAUUCAACAAUCCAACGACCCUGGCCCUUCAACGUCCGAGAACAGACUAUCUUUGACUUUAGCAGGACCGGGAGAAUUUCUACCACGAAUAGCUGAAGAGAAAGACUCUCCGACCGGAGGCCAGGAUGCCAAGGAUAAAUCUCAAGAACUCAAAGAUAAUUCAGUCUCAAAUGUAGUCAAUAAAACAGAAAAUUCAAAUGCAUCUGAUGUUAAAGAUGAAAAUAGGAAGUUUCAGCAAGGAGAAAAGGACGUAUCAGAAAAGACCGUGAGUCAUUUGAUUCAAGUACACAAAGAGAAAAUCAAUUUGGAACAACAGAAUUCUGAGAUUACCGAUUCGAAUUUGGAAAAAUGCGAAAUACCAUCUGUUGCAGUAGGUGGAUCUCAAAAGACUGAAAGUUCUAAAUCGACUGACUCUAACGCGCAGUAUAAGAAAGAUUUGUCAAAAACACAAAUAAAGGCAGAUCAACAUGUUGAUAAGAAAGAUAAGGUUUUCCAAGCGACAACCAGCAAAAGGGAUCAAGACAGCUUAAUUAGAAGUCAACUGAAAGAAAAAGCGGAAAAGUUGCAAAAUGAACUUCAAUUUCCAAAGCAAACUAAAUCUGAAGUGAAGUUAAAAGAAAAACCCCCUAAAUCAGAUGAAAGGGAUAGUAAAAAUAGUAAAACCUCAAAGAAAUAGAUGUAAGUAACAUGUCUGGUUGUCUGUUGUUUGUUGAUUAGACACAGUUCUUUCUGUAUUGCUGAAACUCCUGCUAAUUUGCUAAGAAUAAUUUUACCGCAAAUUUUUUUUCGCUUUAUUAAGAGACUGAAUAUUCAAUCUUCUGUUUUUACUGUAUGUGGUACUGCCUCCGGCUUCAGCUUUUUGCUUAUUUUUCUGGAAGGUUUGUUGUUCGUUUACAAAGUGCUCCGGUCUACGAAGUUUUUAACGUUGUUUACUUGUUACUUAGAAUAAUUGGCUGCUCAAUGAAUUUUUGAAAAGUUAAUGUAUACAUUUGUUUAGUUUGUUUUAAAUACUCCACGUGAAACAUGUUUAUUAUAUACAUAAUUCUGAUGUGAUGUUAGAUGUAAUAUUUCUUAAAUGUUAAGCGUCUCUUUCACUUUAAGAAAAGGCUGUUUUACCAAUUUUUAGUGUUCUUAACUAUCUAAUUGAUCAGUUGUAGUUUUAAAUUCGUUUUUCUAAUCUGAAGUUACCUUUAUUCGAGGUACUUUUAAGUACUUUAUACUUUACCUGAAUAAUUCGAUCUCGUAACUAAACCUUUUCAAUGUAAUAUAGUCAUUUUCUUUUAUUCCCGUUUCUGUUAAAACGUAUUUUAAAUUCUAGCAGUGUAUCUUACUGAGAGUUAGAACCAUAUACAGAACUCUAGAAUUUUCAAUCACUCGACCCUGCAUCCAGACACCCUUUUUAGUCAUUCAUAUGAGAGGUAAACUGCUUGCAAAUGCUAACAAGCAAUUUUACCUAUCUAAACUAGCUCAGAGUGUGUGUGUAUGUCUCUAAAUGGCGAAACGUUCAUUGCUGAAGUUUUGGCAUAGACUUGAUCUUGGAAAUAUUAUCAGUAUUUCCAAAUGAAAAUUAUUUGUAAUAUUUCGAAUGAAAAUAGUCUUUACACUUUAGAUACAAAUACUUCUACUCGUGACAUCUGGAUUUUUAGAAAUAUUUGCAGGGCUAAAAGUUGGGUCAACAGUUAAACAGUUUUUUUAAAGGGUUCUGGAAGUGACAUCCAUGCUUACAAAUACUUCGAAGUUUUUAGAACUGUGGUCGAGGGCUCACCAAACUAAUAACGCACAGUUUCAUCUUUACAUAUGUUAACAAUAAAACUACUUUCCUAUUACUAAGGCUUUUUGCUUAUGCAUUGAAGAUUACAAUAUUAUGUGAAAUAUUUUUCUGCCGUUUUACUGGGCAAUGUAUUGAAAGCUUAUUAGUUUGGGGGUGUAUUUGGCCUGUAUUCCAAGGUUGUAACUAAUAAGAAUCUCCAAGCUUCUUAAAUCAAUUUGAUUAAUAUUCCCACGAAUUGGUUUGGCUAAAUCUGUUUGCAUGAUGUCCUAGGAAAACUUCCCAUACUAUAAUCGUAAUAUCGAACGUACUAAGGAUAGGUUGUACAUUUUUAUGGUACCAUUAUUUAUUUUUGCUGCUGAAAAAGGUGUUGUAUACUUUAGUUAUAUGCGUUGUUUGUUUGUAAAAUCCGAUCUUUUCAAUUCCAAAAUAGUUACUUCAUUUGACUGUAUUUUUGAAACGACGGAAAUCCAGUGUUCCACUAAUUAACUUUAACUUUGUGGUUGGUAACACCGUGGUAGAUUUUUGGGUUGGCCUUUUAACGAUGAUUUGACUAUCUUAUGUAAGAUACACUUGAUAAGCACGUUUACUUUUUUGUGUACUUAAUACACUGUAACUCUAAGUUAUAACUAAAAAUGUGAUUCUGAUAUUUUGUAACUUAAUGUUAUAAUGCGUUAUAUCAAAUAAUAUAUUAUUUGAGUAUA